AUGUCUUGUGAUGAGGAGAUCGCCAAGCUGAAGGAGCAGGUCACCUGCGCUCUCUGUGGGCUCUUCUUCAAGGAGCCGGUGACCCUGGGCUGCGGCCACACUUCGUGCAGGGAGUGUGUGAGCAAACUCGAGGUUGACAGGAAUGGCAGGGUGUCCUGCCCAACGUGCUCGGCCGGCUGCACUCCUGUGGAGGUGGUGGACAACGAGUUAGCCGCCAAGAUGGUGGAGACGCUCAAGAGGAUCCUGGAGCUGAGCGAGGGGGAGCAGGACUACUGCGAGAAGCACAACUUGCCCUACACCGGCUUCUGCCUGGAUCACCUGAAGCUGGUCUGCGACAGAAGUGCCAAGGAGCACCCGGACUGUCGUAACAUCCCGAUAAAGGAGGCGGCCGAGCGAUUUAAGGCGAAACUUCAGCAAACCUUGGAAUACCUGGAGAGUCAGGCAGCAGAGAAUGUGGGACGCGACGAGCAGAUGAACCUCAUCGACCUGAAGAAUCAGGGCGACACCGUUCGGGACAAGGUCCAGCUUGCUUUCGACUCUUUGCGGAAGUUUCUGGAGAAGGAGGAAAAGGCCAUUUCUACAGAGGUCGAAGGACAGGAAGAGCACUUCUUGCAAGAGCUGGAAGAGAGCAAUGCUCAAACUGGAGGCAACCCUGUCACCCUGAGUCACCUCAUAGCAGAUAUUAAAAAAAAGUUACCGCAGGAGGACAUUCCCUUACUUAAGAAUAUCGGCACCAUAUUUGACAGGUCUGGAAACCUUUUACGGAAACCCAAGGAACUGCCUCUGGAUCUGAGUCAGGGUGGAUAUAACGUCCCCCUGCAGUACUCAGUGUGGAAACGGAUGUUAAAACACAUCAAACCAGUUCCCACUCUCCUCACGUUGGACCCAAAAACGGCCAACUCGCACCUCAUCCUGUCCCGGGAUGGCACGGAGGUGCGAGUGGGUGACAGGCAAGAUGACAUCCCGGACAACCCGGAGAGGUUCAGCCGCUGGCUGAGCGUCCUGGGCUCGGAGGGCUUCACCUCGGGCAAGCACUGCUGGGAGGUGGAGGUAGGCGACAGUACCGUCUGGCAGGUGGGGGUGGCCAAGGCAUCUGUCCCCCGCAAGAGAGGCUUCGCCCCCUUCCACUGGCAGGAGAGCCGGAAGUUCUUCACCCCAGAACCCCAGGCCGGAGUCUGGGCAUUGGCUCUGCAGGACGGAGACUACACUGCCCUGACAUCCCCUCCCAUUGAACUGCGUCUGAAGGGAAGACUGCGGAAGCUAGGAGUUUACCUGGACUAUCCUGCCGGCCAGGUGUCUUUUUACAACGCCGACGACGUGUCCCAUCUCUACACUUUCACGGACAAAUUCAUCGAGGAGCUUUUCCCCUAUUUCUACAUCGCUCACAAGGGAGACUCACUGAGACUCACCACUCUGGGCGUCUGA